UAAAAACGUAGGCUAUUUUAUUAAGUAGCAUCAUUAACAGUUCCAUAAAGCUAGAACCUAAUACCCUGAUGCCAAUAGGGUCGUAAAAAACAAACUGAAUUCAAAAUUUGAAAAACAGAUUCCGUUGACAUUGUUUUGACGAAAUAACCGAUAGUUCGUGUUUUAAAAUCAUUAAUUUGAUGUAUUUCAUGUUAAAAUACAUAAAUAAAGGUAGAUUAUGUUCAUACUAAUUUAAUUGAGUGUUAGCGUGAUACAAGUACAACAGUAAUUUAAUUAUUAUCGACUUGUUGUCAUUUAAAGUUCCAAUAAACUACAGCCCCGAUGUCGCGUAUUCCAAAAUAUCCACCCGCUCUUAAAGAGAAUCGACCUGCACUAUCAAACACACGAAAUGCAACUAGAACACUUGUGACUGGCCUCAGUGAGGCAGAUAAGAAGACCUUGAUAUUGAACCACACAAGACCAGCGCGUAAUGCUACAGUCGCAGCUGCUUCUGUACCGGCUCCUCGGAUGAAGAGAUCAGCCACAGUGCCUGCACCUUCUGCAGUGCCCAACAAAGUGGCAAAGAUCGAGAAGAAAGUAGUGGCACCCAGAAUUCCUCCAUAUGAUUUCAAAGCACGAUUUAAUGACUUGUCUGAAAAACACAAAGUAAUUAAAAAUGAACUAUGUGAGCUAAAAGAUAAACUUGUAGAAGUAUCAGACGAGUAUGAGAAAGUCAAAGAAGCGGUUGAUUCGAGCAUCGCAGAGAGAGAUAUGUGGAAAGAGAAAGUGACGAACACUAUGAAAGAAUUAAGACAGAAGUCUAUGGAAUAUGAAAGCUUAAAAAUUGACCUUGAAUUCAAAAAUAAAGAAAACGAAGAACUGCAAAGCAAAGCUAAACUUCUGGAAACUAUGACUAGUAGUUUGACACUUAAAACCCUUGAGUUAGAUAGACUUAAAAUGGAACACGAUAAAUUGCAGAUGGAAUACAAAGGGGCACUUGAGUUGAUAACAACAAGCAAAACUGACUCGGAUGCAAUGCAAAAUAUAUUAAAUACAAUGUACACAGAUCAAAGGAUUUUAAGAAAUACAGUACAAGACCUAAAAGGAAAUAUACGAGUCUAUUGCAGGGUUCGACCACCACUUGAUUUUGAGGCAUCAAAGCCUUUGUAUAAUUUGAACGUGCUUGAUGCUUGUUCAAUAGAAGUGGAAAAGAUUGAACUACUUAAUUCUGCGAGAAAAGGUAAGCCUCAGCAUACAUUCACUUUUGAUGGUAUUUUCACACCACAUUCCACCCAAGAAGAUGUGUUUAGUGAAGUUUCUCAAAUGGUCCAAUCAGCUUUAGAUGGGUACAAUGUCUGCAUUUUUGCUUAUGGGCAAACUGGUUCUGGCAAAACUUACACCAUGGAAGGUGGUAGCGGAGAGGACAACUAUGGUAUCAUACCGAGGGCUAUUAAUAUGAUUUUCACUUGCAUUGGCGACCUGAAAAGAAUGGGCUGGGACUUGACCAUAAAAGCUUCAUUUUUAGAAAUAUACAAUGAAGUAAUUUAUGACUUACUAAAUUCAUGUAAAGAUCAACUGAAUCAUGAAAUAAAAAUGGUUAAUUCUAAAGGCACUGACUUGUAUGUAUCAAAUUUGAAAGAAGAAGAAGUGAAGAGCUCUCACGACUUCAUCAGGCUGUUGUUAUUCGCCCAACGUAACCGGCAGACCGCUGCCACGAUAAACAACGAGAGGAGCUCCAGGUCUCAUUCAGUGGCACAGAUUAAAAUAACUGCUAUCAAUGAGAAACGCAAAGAAAAGUUUACAAGUAAUUUGAAUCUGGUUGAUUUAGCUGGUUCUGAGAGUGGUAAAACAACUCAAAGGAUGGACGAAACGAAACACAUCAACAGAUCGCUGUCCGAACUCUCCAAAGUUAUUUUAUCACUACAGAACAACCAGUCUCACAUACCAUACAGAAAUUCAAAACUUACUCAUCUGUUGAUGCCGAGCCUCGGUGGUAACUCCAAAACCCUUAUGUUGGUGAAUAUUAACCAAUUUGAUGAAUGUUUUGGUGAGACUCUCAACUCCUUGAGAUUCGCCACAAAAGUCAACAGUUGCCGAACAGUGAAGGCUAAGAAAAACUUAACACAGUAUGACAUGUAAUUUUUAUAUUGACAUUUAAUUUAAUUGACUUUUACUUUCGACAUGCUGUUAUGUAUAGAUUUUGUAAUUUCAGAAGAUGGCUUAACUGUAGUUCUAGUGAUAGUGUGUACAGACCGGCUUUUUGGUAAAAAAGGUAUCACUCAUAAUUUAACAAGAUAUUUCAGCUCGGCUGACAUUAAUUUGCUUUACACACAAACAUAGUGUUCUCAUGUUAUGACUAUUUACAAAGUCAAGCUGUAUUCUGAAAAUGGAUUAUCUAUACUAUUAAUUAGUUUUUAGAUAUAUUAUUAGCAAAUAGGAGAUCAUCUCUCAAGUCCAGUAGUACUAACAUGCUACCACGAGAUAAUCUUGUGUAGAGAAAUAGACAAAAUAUCAUUGUAUGACAGUGGAGUUGUCGCAUCCCAUCUUGUUCAUCCCAACUCGAUGAAAGAGAUUCGAAGAUAUAAUAGUCAAUGAAAGAGAUUCAAGGAGUGGUAUUGCUGGUUGCACCACCAUUGGUUGAAAUUUGGCUAUUUCUCUACACAUGAUUAUCUUGUUGGUUGCAUGCUAGCACCACAUGUCAUAAAAAAUCUUAAGACAAAGACUGAAAAGUUACAGAUGACAUAGCAGCCUAUACUUCAAAUGUAAGAAGGAUAUAAUAGUUGUUUAUUAAAUAUUGUCCUAAUAUUAGAUAUAGUUUUAAUUAAUUUUUAAUAAUUUCUAAACAAAUUAUGCCACCGAAGAAAUAUUAAUUAUUUUAAAGUACCAUAAGCUUGUGAAUCCGAUUCUAGAAAUAUUGCUGGGUCAAAUUAGCUAAAUGUUUUCCAAGAAAAUUUAAAGAAAAAAAGAAAAAUUACAUGAAUUUUAACUAAGAUGCUAAAUGAAAAAUUGAUAAAAGAUAAAUUAGUACGCAUUUUAUUGACUUAUUUAUAAUCUAAAUGCAUUGGCCUUUUGUAAUAAAAGGAUGCACAAUCAUGUACAAAAUUUCACUUUUAAAACUGGCCAAUUUUGCUUUGACAGUUUUAGAAUUAUUGGUAAAGAAAAUUAUACUUAAAGCCCUUUAAAUAUAGUCCAAUAUUCAAUAAAAUCCCAAAUUCAGAGUAAAUUCAACCUUAAGGAUUGAGUUUAAGGUUGAAUUUCCAAAUGUGACUACUUGAAUUGAGUGCCAAGAAGUUGUGUUUGGCACUCAUUUUAUGUGGGACAAUUUUUUAUCGCUGAUUGUGCAUCCACUUUUUAAUAGGAGAUUGAUGACUAAAUGUAAUAAUUAGAAAGGAAUUCAUUGAAAUUUUCAGCUUGAGAGUAACAAGGGCGAAUUUUCAUUUUGCCUGGGGUAAAAAGUAAAAUUGCUGGACAAGUUUUGGUGAUAUUAUUAAGUUUUAUUUUAUAACAUGUUUGUCUUGUCACUACUUUUCUGUUUUAACUUGUUAUUUGUCUCCUUUUUAUUUUGUUGAUCUAUAAUGAUGAUUAUUUAAGUAUUGUAUUGUUAAUAUUAGACUCUCACAACUGUUGGUAAGAAAAAAUGUUAAAUGGAACCAUUUAGUUGGGAGGUACAAAUAGACAAGUAAUGACAUUGUUCCAAGUUGUCCUCCAGCUUAUAUUUUAAAAUUUCCAAAAGUAACUAUUUUAUUGUUUUCCUUUUACCUGAAUUUUAGAUAUAAUGUUAAUCGUAUUUUCUCUAUCAAGACUAUUCAAUCAUGUUUGUUUUCAGAUUAUUCAUAAAACUGUUUUAAAAUGUAAUUGAAAUCGAAUUCUUACGUUGCUUAUGCUUUUUUAAUAAAGAUGAUUUCAUUAUAAA